GAGAGGCUGAUUCUCUCGCUCCGUGGGCUCCUCCACAUCCCGCUGCGCGCCUGACUGAGGGCUCCUCCGUGAGAUUUGCCACAGAGCCGCCUCGCCACGCACAGCGGCGCCGCGGCUGCGUCGUACGGGUCCGCGCAGAGGAAGUACGUCUCGACUGGUUCAAGAAGAGAAUUAGCUCCUGGUUCGGAGAACAUCAAAUGAAAUCUGAGAGUCUCCCGCGGCGGAGAGAUGAUUUGACAUUUAAAAAAAAACGAGGGAAUAGCCGUCUGCUUUUUUUGGUUUUUUUCCAUCCCUCUCCAACGUGGGCGCAUGCGGACUGAUGGGAGCUGGAGAUGCCAACCAGCAAGACAGGGACGCGUCGAGAGGAUGGAGACUUGACGUAUGACCGGUCUGCACCUUCUUCUAUGGAACAUGCUCUAAAGGACAAAUAACUACAUCUUCCUCACCGGGGAGGAGGAGGAGGAGGAGUGGCAGCACCGCGUGUCCGAUCUUUGCGUGUCACAUGGAUGGAUGACUUUUGCGCGGAGGUAAAUAAAGCCAAGAGUGCGUGUAACUUCAUGUAGGUCACGCGUGAUCUCCACGCAAAUAUCAAGUAACUCGAGUUGGCUUUAAGUUGCGGAUUUGCCUGGUGGAGCUCGGGGAGGCACCCAGGUGCGCUCCAUGUUCCGUCCAGGACACACCGGUGCUGGCUGUACCUGCGGGACGUAAACGCACAGUUGGGACUCGGGCGAGCAGCGUGAGGCUGCGGGCCAGUGAUGCCGGACACAUUCACGCUCAUAAGGAACCGGACAGAGCCUCGGCUGGGGCCGCUGGAGCGCACACUGGCCACGGAGGGGAGCGCCCGCCCCGCCUGGGUCAUAGCCAUCCUGGCCAGUGUACUGAUCUUCACCACGGUGGUGGACGUGCUGGGGAACCUGCUGGUGAUCAUCUCGGUGUUCAGGAACCGCAAGCUGAGGAACGCGGGUAAUGUGUUCGUGGUGAGUCUGGCGUUUGCUGACCUGGUGGUAGCCUUCUACCCGUACCCCCUGGUCCUCUACGCCCUCUUCCAUGACGGAUGGGCACUGGGAAACACACAAUGCAUGGUCAGUGGUUUCCUUAUGGGGCUGAGUGUCAUCGGCUCCAUCUUCAACAUCACGGGGAUUGCGGUGAACAGAUACUGCUACAUCUGUCACUCCUUCUCCUACAGCCGACUGUACAGCUACCGCAACACCCUGCUGUUUGUUGCCUUAAUUUGGCUGCUCACGGUGCUGGCCCUCGUCCCUAACUUCUUCGUCGGGUCGCUGCGCUACGACCCGCGGGUCUACUCCUGCACCUUCGCCCAGAAUGUCAGCACUUCCUACACGGUGGCGGUGGUGGUGGUGCACUUCCUGGUCCCCAUAGCGGUGGUAACAUUCUGCUAUCUCCGCAUAUGGGUACUUGUGAUUCAGGUGCGACGUAAAGUGAAGUGCGAGGAGGGCCCCCGCCUCAGACCAAGUGACUUGCGGAAUUUCAUCACCAUGUUCGUGGUCUUUGUGCUGUUCGCCAUCUGCUGGGCCCCGCUUAACCUAAUAGGCCUGGCAGUGGCCAUAGAUCCAUCCCGUGUCGUCCCCCGCAUCCCCGAGUGGCUCUUUGUGGUCAGCUACUUCAUGGCCUACUUCAACAGCUGUCUGAACGCCAUCAUCUAUGGCUUGCUCAACAGGAAUUUCAGGAAUGAGUACAAACGCAUUGUCACCUCUGUGUGGGUGACCCGGCUCUUCGUGACAGAGACUUCCCGAGCCGCCACGGAAGGCAGGAGCGUGAAGAGCAAGCAGUCGCCGCCGCCGCCGCCGCCGCACAACAACAACGAGUCAGUAAGAGAACACGUUAACAAGGAAUGAAAACUAGAUCCUGGAGCCUGUAAAAUAGUAAAUUAGUAAAUCCUGUAUUUAUGUGAAAUCCAGACGGUUGUGCAGCUAAAGAGUCAAGGAACAGGUGAAACUGGAAAACAAGGCUUGGUUUUCUAUUGGCACAUGAACACGUGUUUAUCUCUGGAUGUGUUAUUUUGCAGUUUGGAGAAAGAACUGAAGUUUAUAUCAUCAGUAGAAGAAUCUGCACGUUUUUUCUCUGCAAUUGAUGGAGCAGAGAAAACAUUUAUUAGAUGUUACAUCCUGUGAGAAUGGAGCCGUGCGUUGCAGUUUCACCUCGUUCUGAUUCUAAAAACAAUCUGAAUGCUACAUUAAUAUUACAUUAAAAUGUAAUGUCCUUUAAUGUCUGCUGCUGUAGACUCUCAGACAUAUUCCACACUGACUGGGUGACCACUGGUAAACAGACACUUCUCUCUUUAGUAACUUCACAAGCCUCAAACGGUGCAACUUGGCUCACCUUAAAAGCCAGAUUAGUAAAAGUGGAGAUGGUGUCGGUCUGUGUCUCAUGCACAGUGUACAGAUCUGCACGCGAAGCAUAGAACAUGGCCGCAGCAUAUUCUCUGUGCUGCCCGGUCGGAUCCUCUUGCACAGGAAAGAACAAGUGACAAAAUCUUAGUAAUAAACAUGAUCAAUCAAUUCAGGAAAUGAAGUCGCUUACGACAAAACAAGCAAGAUGGAACUAGCACCGUGUUACCACGUCCGAGCUGCCAAUCAAUACGGGUUGUUUUCAGUUUCUGAAAGUCUCAAAACAAAAAUAGUGUGUGUCGUGACGCAGGUGGACAACACCUGAAACAUCGACUAUCGCUGCUGUGUCAGUCUGCAUAUCACCUUUACUGCUUUGCUUUAUUAUAUGAUAGCACUUAUACUUAUACAUACUUAUCACUGGAAGCUGCCCUUGAUAUUUGAAAUAACAAAGAUGAGUAAACAUAUUGUGGGACAUAACUCUUCAAAUGUCCCAAAUAUUCAUUAACUUUACCACUUAGAUUAAAAGUGAUUAGCAAAUUAUCAUAGUCAACACCAUUUAUAAUGUGUUUGAGGUUUCUGCUUUAGAAGCUUUGUUAAACUUUCAUCAGUUCAAACCCAGUGACAACACAGUGCAAAGGUAAGAGGUAAAUUGCACAAGGUGAAAAAAAGAUUGAACUAAAAGCUUUUCUGUGGGAAUGAAACCACAGUUACUCGAAAAUUCACUAGAUCUGAAUUUGUAUUUGGAUCUGCACCAAAUUGCAGAGCGUCACAGAUAUCAGUCCUGGUUCCACCCCAAUUCAGAUCCGUAACUAAAUUUUAUUUAAAAAAAUAAAAUGCCCCAAGCCUCCACAAGAUUUCAUGUAAAUUGGUCUUGUAGUUUCUUGUUAUCCUGCAAACAGUAAAUAAAGGACAAACAGAUGAAAACCGAGCUCAUAAAGCCUUUAAAGUACUGUGUUCCUGCACCUUUUACAGUAUAUUAUAUUUACUUAUAAUAUAAUGCAAUACGUUGUUCAGUUUCGCCAAAUUGCUGAUGCAAAGCGUAGACGUUUCUCUAUACAACAGUUUGCUCUGCAACUGUGAACAAAGUCAGUGUCACGAUCCAAGACAUCAGUUGCAUCUAAAAUAAGUCAGAUCCAUUCAACUUAGUACAUCCAUAGUUUAACGAGUGUCACAAAUCUUAUAAAUAACUUUAAAUGAUGCAGCUCUCCAGGCCACACAACAGCAAAAACACACAAAAGCUUUGACACCCCCCCCAAAUAAAUCCACUUCCUGAAUGUGCAGCAUGCAAUAUAGACUGAAAACAGGUUGCUCCCUCUCUCUUCCUACAUCAUAUGCAGCAGCAGUCGUCGUCUCAUGCAGCGGCAAAUUCUUAUUCUUCACUCUGAAGUACUUAUGCAAAAUGUCAGCUUUUCAUUUCAUAGCUAAUAAUUAAUGUUUUUUUUCAUCAUGAAAGAAUAAUAAUUAUGAUGCUUUCACUGUGGAGCGACGCUUCUCCGGUGUUGGCCGUCGUACCGUCACUUCAUCACACUUACGUUGAUGGGAGAGUGAUUUUUAUUGCCUCUGAUUUGAACUGUGUUUUUUUGUUUUGAAAGAUGUAGAUUGUCGAGACAGCGCAGCUCAUAUCUUUAUUCCCAUCUCAGGGUGCCUACCAAACAUGUUGUCGUGUUAUACACUCGUCUAAAGCAUUUGCAGUUUGUCGGCUGCCAUAUAAAAAGGAGACUGAAGACAUUUCAAAGGGAUAUUUUGUAAAAAAAAACUAUAAAAAUAAAAUAAAAAACAAAGUGCACAUCUGUAUCACGGUGCGUCAGAGGGAGGUGUGACUUAAAAAAGAAAAACACGAGGGGAACUCCCACACGCUCUCCCUCGCUUACUUCUGAAAUAUUUAUCAACUCAUAACGUUGAAGUCGUAUUCCAGUAGUGAGCAGGACUGAGUGCGGGAGGGGGGGUAUUUUGUAAAUUUGUGUCAGUGUGGUUUUUAACUGUGGUAUCUUGUUGUUGGAAAUGUAUAAAAAAAAAUGUGCUUAAGUUUUUAAAUAUAUCUGAAGCUCAAUAACCCCACACAAUUAACAGUUUAUUAAAGGACAACGCUUAACCACUCUCUACUACAGCUGCAAAGUGCAUCUAAGACAAACCUCUCGCUAAAUUGGCAUGUACAUCGCGUCAUUAAAAAAUACUUUACUUACUUUACUUCUCAGUGUUGAGUGUAUAAUAGCAGAAAUUAAAUAUCCAAGAAUCACAAACAUGGUCCUCAUAGUAAAUUUAAUGGUUUUGGGGCUUUUUUCCCCUCUUCUUUAAAUUGACUUUAGUGGCAAAUUUCUUGCGCAGGGUGAGAAAUGUGCAAAGCCACAGAUCAAGAAUGUUAAGCAAUGAGUCGUAUUAUGAAUAUUGAUGGGAAAAUUAGGAAGUUUUUGUUUGAAGAGAUGGGGUUUGAAGAGGUGUGGGAAGGUCCUGUGACCAGUGGUGGAAGCCGGAGCGUCGCCCAGCUCACUGCUGGGAGGGAGAAAUAAAAUGAUGUUAUGUUACAGAGAAAGAACUUAAGCUCAGAUGUCUGGAGAAUGUUUUAGAUGCACAUGACGGGAGGCAAAGACUUCAAUUCAAAACCAAAGAAAU